AUGAUGUCUAGUUACAUUAGUUGUAGCGAUACGCUUCUACAGUUCGCACAGCAACUUGUAAAUUUCUUUGCACCACCACUAGAAGUUGAAGAGGCACCACCGCUAUUGGAACGAGAAACCACUUCAUCGGACAAUCCUUACAUUACCACUGGUGAAGAAUCGCCUCCUGAAGACUCAAUGGACUAUGCACCACAGUCAUCGAUGGACUCUGUUACUCAUGCUCAACAACUGCCAAUGACAGCAUCUACAAGUACUUUCAAACAAACAUCGAGUUUGUUGGAGCGCAAUGGAGUGCAGAUGCCACAUUUAAGCCAGCUAUCUGGCACUGCAGGAAAUCAACCAUUGUCUGCUGGUCAUCAUCAAGUCGCGUCAACAGGUCAGUUCUAUAUGAACGCAUAUUAUGCGGGUCUAUUUUCUGAGGUAACAAUGUUAGUGGUGAAAUCUGAGUCGAAAUAUCCUCCUAUGACAUUGGGUGGUGUAAUCGGCAUCCGUCGACCACGUACUACUUCCCAGAAUUACAAUAACAAUCUCACUCUUGAUCAACUGAAUCCCACACUUGCCGAGGCGCUUGCAGCUAUGAAGAGCAAAUCUGAUGUCACGCAAAAGUCUUCUGGGACCUCGAAUAUCGGUUCCGAUGGGUUUUCUAACCGUCGCGAUUCGCUUCCAACAAGAAUGUCAGGUCCUGUCAAGCUUGAAGCACUGACUCCAACAAACUCGACAUCCUCCCAGUGUGCUAAUACUGUGACUUCGGGUCAUCUAGUAUCAUUCAAUGGGCAAACCACUGAAGUACCGGAGGAGAUCCGUUGCCAUCUAUGCGACUAUCCCAUGAAGCUAUGCAUUCGAAAGAGUAAAUACAAGGGUGAAAUCAGGGAGUACGCUGCUUACAGAUGCCUACGCAAAGGUUGCCAAACGUUCCGAUCAGUUCGCAAAGUAAUCGAACCUGAUUUUCCAUGUCCUCGGAAAAGGAAAGCAGAUGAGGUAGGCUAUACGCACACAUGUUUACUGAGAGUUUUG